ACACUAAUGUAAAAAGAACAAAGGUCUAAAACCAAAAGCAGCACAUUAUCCCAACCCCGAUCCUUCAGACUCCCGGCGGCGUAAGCGGAACAAAGGGCGGCGAUUAUGGCGACGAGGUUACAUGUCGGCGGCUUAGGAGAGAGAGUGAAAGAGGAGGAUCUCCGUAACACAUUCAGUCAUCUGGGUACCAUUCAAACUGUUGAUAUAAUCCGAACUAAAGGCCGUAGCUUUGCUUACAUCGAUUUUCUUCCUUCUUCCGAAAAUUCCCUUGCCAAACUGUUCAGCACGUAUAAUGGAUGUUUGUGGAAGGGAGGGAAACUGAAGCUGGAAAAGGCAAAAGAACAUUAUAUUGACCGAUUGAAACAAGAAUGGGCAGAAGAUGCUGAACUUGUAAAUAGUAAGAAUGUUAAUACCAAUCAGAAUGAUGUUGAUGAAAACCUGUCUGCUUUUCUGGAUCCCAAGAGCACCCUUGAUCCCAGAAAAAUGGAGCUCCGGAUGUUCUUUCCCAAACUAAGAAAGGUAAAAGCAUUACCUUUUCGUGGAACUGGAAAACACAAGUACAGUUUCCAGCGUGUUGUAGUACCACCUCUUCCAAUUCAUUUCUGUGAUUGCCCGGAGCAUUGCGAUGACAUACAAAAUGACAAGAUUAGUGACAAAGAGAUUAACAUGACGAAUUCAGUGAUGAACAAGUUUCUGAAUAGGGAACCAUCUCUGAAAUCUGGAUGCAUUCAGCCCCCAAGAAGAGCUCAAGUGCAAGAUUCAAGAAUACAAGAUGAUGGCAUGGAUGAAGAAGAGAUUUAUGUCAUGAAUUCUGUGAUGAAAAAAUUACUAGAUAGGGAGACUGCAAAAACUGAGCGGAGGGUCAUUCAUGAUUCUCCACAGAUAGCUCCCCCAACUUUCGAGUUGAAAGAGGACAAUAAUCAAAUUGAUGAAGAAACAGAUGAUGAUGAUGAUAUUAAAAUCAAUACGGGGGCUGGGGAAGAUUUUGGGCCUGGAAGCUGGGAGCUACAAACAAGCCCGCUUAAUGAGAUGGCAAGGUCAGAUGAACAGGUGACUUCUGAUGAACCUUCCAAAAGCAAGCUUGAUACUCUGGAAACAAAGGUAACAAUUCCCAAUAAGAAAAGGAAAUCAGUUUUCAGUGAAAGCAAUGAAAAGGAUCCUGCAUCUCCUGUCCAUGGAAAGAAGGUCCAUUUUCAAACUCAGUCGAUGGAGUCAGAAAAGCAUUUGGAGCUGAAGAGUGCAACAGGAUCUGAAUCCACUAAAUCAAUUACACUUGGCAUAAGUUCUAAGAAGUCUUCAUGGAAAAAACUGGUUGGUGAUGGCAGCAGCAGUUCGUUUUACUUGUCGCAUGUUACACCUGGUGGUGAGACUAACAUUGACGAGCAACCUAUUUCUGGUGGUGAAACAUCAACUGACAGCAAGAAACAAAAAAGAGACAGUAAUGUUGUGAAUGAAGAGGAUAAUAAACCUAGCAAUAUAGCAUUAUCUGUCAAAGAAGAACUUGAAAUGGUGAACAACUCUGUGCCUGAAAUCUUGGAUGUCCAAUCAUCUCAGUCAAAGGAGAUUAUUACAGAGGGACUUGAAACAUUGUCUGUCAACAAAGAACUUGAAAAAGUCAGCAACUCUUUGCCUGAAAAGAACUUUGUUUGUCAACCAAGUGUAAGUUCAGAUAAAGCAACUAAAGGCAGUUCCUGGCUGCAAAAAUCUCCUUGGACUCAGCUUGUGGGCGGUGGAAAUAGUAGCUCUUUUAGCAUUUCACAAAUCUUACCUAAAGAUCUACUUGAGAAGCAACAGUUAAACAAAUCAAGUGAUAGUGGCACUUCAAAUGGCUUUUUUAGUACUGCAACUGCUUUUGGUGGCACUAGAAGAUCAAAGUCUGGCUUAGCGAGUGAGGAUAAGAAAAAGGAGAAUGAUUCAACUAUCUCUAAAAUGUCUGAUUCAGAGAAGAAGAUCUCCAAUUCAGUUCCUGGAUUUGUAAUCAGUGAAACUUGCCCUUUUAUGAGCAGUGCUGAUUCAUUGAAAGACUGGCAAACUGCUAAAACAACUCUUACUAGCUCCCAUAAAAAAAGAAACAACAACAACAUCAACAUCAACAACAGACAGGGUUUUGCUUGGUCGUAGUCUAUUUCAGAUUUCAUGUAUUCACUCAUUAUCUAUAGCUUUUCUAGUAGGGAUCAGUCAGCAUCCCGAGUAUCUCAUCAGACUAGAAUUAUUAUGUUACUUCUAUGUGGCAAUUUUGCAGAGAAUGUUAUGGUGCUGUUUUCUUGAUGUUUUUGAAUUUCUGUACCUUUGGUAAAGAAAUUAAUGAAAGACUCGAUUUCCUGUUUAUAGUUCA